AUGGCCGCGAUCAGCCGCAUCCCUGGCGAGCUAGGAUGGAGGGCGAAGGCUCCGGGCGACGCGGCCCGACCUGCCGCCGGGCCUGGCGGCGAUCCUGGGCGCGCCGCCGCGGACGGCGCUGGCCCGCCCAGGCGCUCCACGCGCCUGCCGCGCGCGCGGCCGCUGGACCUCGCUGCGCGGCUGCGCCCCGGGGCCGCCGGGCUGCCCGCGCUGCGGCGCGGCGCGGGCGCGGAGGGCGCGGGCGGAGCUGCUCCUCGCCGCGGGGAAAAACAUAUGUCUUUUCACUUCUCUGGUGCCCUGGUCCGGACGUUUGCCAUCCAAGGUGGGCGCUCCCUCUUCCUGUGGAAGACGGAGUUCCUCGACACCCACGGCGAAGAGCGUAAGAGCUGUGCUGGCCAGGCCCAUGACGACCCGUCGAGUCAAAGGGAAGAUGCUGCCGCCAAGGUCAUCGACUUCAUAAGGUCUGUCCGCGGCCUCAGCGCGUUCUCCGCGAGCGACCUGGACAGCCUGCUGUACGACUGGCGCUUCGACCUGCUCCCGCCGCUCGGCAAUGACGAGGCCAGCGCCAAGGGCCUCCACCUGCCACGGUUCAGCGACAUGCCCUCGCAGAAGGAGCUGCACGAGCUGCUCCUCGGCGGCGCGGUCCCCGGCAUGCACCAGUGCAUCGCGCACGCGCUCUACCCAGACGCCGUUCCUUGGCCACAGGAGGGCGCCGCGGAGCAGGCGGCCCCCGUCGACCCCUGCGAGGAGCCGCAGGGCCAUGAGGGGAUCCGCAAGGAGGGCGCCGCGGAGCCAGCGGUCCCCGUCGACCCUUGCGAGGAGCCGCAGGGCCAGAAGGGGAUCUGCGAAGAGCCAGCGGGUGCCGGCAGCAGGGGCCGCCGCACCGGCAGCGCGCUCCGAGGACCCGUUCCGCAGAACCGGUUCCACAAGCCCAGUUCCACAGGACGUGCAGUGCGUGGAUCCACGGCGGGCGUGAGCAUGCCGGCAGACGACAACGACGGCGUCUACGCGACGAUGGGCAGCACCGAGCAGCAACCGCCGACCCCGGCGGCAGCAGCUGGUCAGCCCGCUGGGUCAGGAGGACCUGCUGUCGAGCAGGGGGACCAGUUUCGCGCGCAGCUGCGCGACCUGGUCAGAGAGGUAGUGAGGGACACUAUCGGCAACGCAGCAGGCUCGACAGACACGAGACCGUGUAGACAACAAGAGGAGAAGGACCCGUGGGAGGACACGGACCCCUGGAAGCGCGACAAGGGAGUCAUGUCGGGGCUUCGUGUGGCAGUCAUUGUCGGGUUGAUGGCGACCGUCCAGGCGGGCCCGAAGAGGGCCACCACCGGCAAGGCAGCCCAAGCGACCGAGGAGUUCUUGGCACGCCGGAAUGCAGAGUCCGACGUGUCCUCCGAGUCGUUCGACCAGGCCGCCGCAGGCCUCGACGAGGCAGACGCUGCCAUGCCCCAGGCGAUGCCCGGGACGUCGGGUGGCCAGCAGUUGGAGCCGCCUCCUCUCGCGGACUCAGCAGGUCCGAGCACGGCGGCUGCACCGGUGCUUCUGGCGGGGCCGUUCCAGGGGAUGCACAACCCGGGCGGGAAUGUCUUUCAGUACGAUCACGCGGCCUUCGGCGCAGGACAAGCCGAGACUCGGAGAGUGAUCGCAGCUGGGAUCGAGGAGUCCAUCAAUGGCCUUGUCGGCGCGGUGAACAACGUGGAGACGGCACUUCAGCAGAUCGGGUACAUGGUGGUGAACAUCGGGACAGUGAUGAAUACGGGACAAGCGAACCCCGCCUGGCAGAUGGGAGACCCGUGGUACGAGUCGCCGGCAGGGGCGGCCGGGACGGGCAGCAGUGGCAGCGAGCAGCCGGUGCAGUCGGUCCUGAGCGACAUGAGCAACAUCAGCAGCUCUGGCCCAGGGACCUAG